CGGAUCUAGAGUGACUGGAGCGCAGCGGCGGAGGCGCAGCGGAGAAUCACAGCAGCACAAACCCACUGCGCUCAUGGCACCAAGGAGAAUGGAGACCAAACCAGUCAUUACCUGCCUCAAAACACUCCUCAUCGUCUAUUCCUUCGUGUUCUGGAUCACGGGGACGAUCCUGCUGGCCGUGGGAUUAUGGGGGAAGUUCAUUUUGGGUCCGUACAUCUCUCUGAUCGCUGAAAACUCCACCAAUGCUCCCUACGUGCUCAUCGGGACAGGGACCACAAUCAUUGUGUUUGGACGUACAACGAGGCCGUUGAGAACUACAAUGCCCAGUCAGAUCAAAGGCACCUUUCUGAGGACGUACAACGAGGCCGUUGAGAACUACAAUGCCCAGGAUGAGAGGAGCAUUGCCGUGGACAACGUCCAAAAAAGUUUGCGUUGUUGUGGUGUUCUGAACUACACCAGCUGGUUCUCCAGUGUUUAUUACCCUGUGAAUGGAAUUCCUCCGAGCUGCUGCGCUAACAUCUCCGACUGCAACUCCUCAGACCUGCGAAACGCCACCAUAGCUCCCACCAAAAUCCAUCAGCAGGGCUGCUAUGAGCUAGUGACGACUUUUAUUGAGACUAACAUGGGCAUUAUUGCUGGAGUAACGUUUGGAAUUGCCUUCUCGCAGCUGAUCGGGAUGCUGUUGGCCUGCUGUCUGUCACGAUUCAUCACUGCCAAUCAGUACGAGAUGGUGUAGCGGCGUGUGCACAGGCACAGAAGACGUACGACACCGUGGAAAGGGAAAGCAACCCAAAACUGCUAGCACACUCCAUUCUUUCUCAUCUCUUUUUUUUUAUUCUCUCUCUCCUUUUAUCUUUCAUUCUGUCUUUCCUGCCUUCUUUUUUCUCCUUUCCAUCAUUCCUUAAUCAUGCAGUUGUGCCAUGACCAAAGCCUCUCCUUUCAAAACGUCAGCGUUAGCGAGGAAAAGGAAAUGGUUUUAAGACGCACUCCUGCGCACGCGUACUUUACUCUGUACAAAAACCUUGCAUGCGAAAACCAUCUUACACACACUAAAAACUAAAGUCAACAGCGUUUCUGUAACACUGCAUCCUAACCAGUCACACAAAAGCCAAUCGAUAUCACAAUCUCUCUCUAGCUGCAUAUCAAAUAUGUUCAAGUUAGCUUUGGUUUUUAGGCUUUUUCUGUUUUAAGACAGAGAAAUUACCUAAUACUUGGGACAUAAAUGCAACUUAAGUGUGAUCUGUUAGAUAUUUAUCCCUUUUUUGAGAAGAAAAACUAUUUAAAAGCUGUGUUUUCUUAUCUAUCCACCAUUUUGUCGGCUUGGUUUCUAUUUGUCACAUUGCAGUUGGUAUAGCUUCGCCCACAGUGAAUUCUCAUCGGUCCAAAUAGAUGUAUAUUACACCUCAAACGUUCUGAUUGGCUAUUUCAUGGCUCUGCGCAGUAUUUUCACUCAGUGUUCGCACAUCUGGUUAGGACACGGUGUUACUUAACCCCUAAAAAUUGCUUUUUCAAGAGGAAAACUAUUAAAAAAGAAAAGAAAUAUGCAGAUGACAAGAUGUUUUUGUUGUUGUUGUUGCUGUUGUAAAAUCUUUGGCAAAGGGGUUUCUCUCAGAAAUGGCUUUUUUUUUUUUUUUUUUCUUAUAUCAUUUGGAUUUCAUUUUUUGCUCCACAUCUCAGCUCUGGGUUGAAAAUGAUUCGA